GAAACAUAUUCAGGAGGUUGGAGCGGGGACAUCUCAGAGAGCAUCUGCAGCUAUAGCAGGGCCCAGUGCUAGCAACCAGUACAGAGGUCUGACCACCAGUGUCAAUGACAUCAUCAACAAGCUGCGCUCGCACCCUCAGUUCAGCCCCUUGGUGUCAGGUAUGAGUCCAGAGAGCCUGGGAAUAGCUGCUGGGGUGCUACAUAACCUGGGGGCAGACAGUCUGGAGAGACUGGCACAAGGGGACACAGAGAUCCUCGGACACAUCCAAUUAAGUAUGGCAGAACUAGAGAAGAAACAGGUAUGUUUUCUCCAAGGUCUGAAGGUAUGCAAAGGUGUACAUAAGGAUGUAGGGUUUAUCCUUAGAGGUAUUUCUAUAUCCUCUUAUGGACCUCAACAUUACAUUACACAAAAUAUUAGACUCAUAUUCCUGGGAACAAGCAUAUAAUACAACAUCUGCCUGAUAUUUUAUCUUCAGAACGCUGUGAAUAUGAUAGACUCG